AUGUCGUCCUCCGACGGCGACGAGCCGCCAAACGCAACGUUCAUCAAAGGCAUCGACGAGAAGAUCAAGAUCCCCGCCCUCAUCGAUGGAAUCAAAGAGGUCUUCGAAGCAGUCGGGGAUGUCGUGGAUGUCAUCGCGAAGAAGAACAUCAAGGCGCGCGGUCAGGCCUUUGUGGUGAUGGCAUCGCGUGAACAAGCGGAGACUGCGAUCGACGAGCUGCAGGGUUUCGACUUGUUCGGCGAGCCCAUGACGUUGGCUUUCGCCAAGACCAGGUCGGAUGCAACAGUGUUGAGAGAGGAUGGAGAGACGGGGCUGGAAGAGCACAAGAAGAAGCGAUUGGCGGAGAAGGAGCGCAAACAAGCCCUCGAAGAAGCAGACAAGAAGCAAAACGCCGCCAAACGCUCCGCCCCCGAGAACCUCGCCGAACGUCCCGCCAAGUCAGCCAAAGCCGCCCCUGGCCAGUUGCCCGACGACUACCUACCGCCGAACAAGAUCCUGUUCUUGCAGAAUCUGCCUGAAGACUUUGGGAAGGAUAGUAUCGCCCAGCACUUCAGCCAGUUCCCUGGGUUCAAGGAGGCGCGUAUGGUGCCGUUUCGGCCGACGAUUGCGUUCGUGGAGUAUGAGGAUGAAGGGGCUGCUGUUGCGGCGAAGGAGAAGUCUGCGGGUCUGGAGUUGCAGGGCAAGGCUGUCAAGGUCACGUACCAGAGGCAGUAG